AUGGAUUCUUCCAAAUACACUUCUGACCAGGAGUCAUUUGAUGGGAGUCUUUUGAACACAAGCAGCAACUCUCGUCUCUUUCAUGUAUACCAUACUCUAUUGCACAAUGAUUACACCGUGACUUCGGACGGCAAGGAACCCCUUUUCUUCGUGGAUAAUUCGUGUUUCACCCCAAAGAAGCCUGACCUCACAUUCCAUGCGGGCACUGAUAAGAAAGCCCCUAUUGUGGGUGUCUCCAAAUUCCUACAUUUUUCAAGACAUAUCAAAGUAGGGCUCGGUGACCCGCAGAGUAUCAAUCACGUUGAGUGGGAGGACCUUGUCUCUCAAAACAUCAGAUGCAACAAAUACCGCUGGCAAAUGACCGUCCGAGGUGCCUCCGGAGCAGAACGACGGUCUUUUAUGUGGAAGAGAACACACUCUGUUGCGGUUGAGGGCUCCUCCGCUACCAAAUGGAGUAGCCGCAACUUCAAGCUGGUCGAUGAGCAAACCGAUCAGAUUGUUGCAAUAUUUACGAGCACUGCAUUUAAAAGUGUCAAGAAAAGUGGCAAACUCCAAAUCGACUCGGCGAACUAUGGCAAGGAGUUUGACCUGAUGGUCCUCAUUACUGGGCUUUCUUUGUAUGAGAAACAAAGGCGGCGCGACAAUAGCCAUGGUGGAGGUGGUGGCGGGGGCGGUGGUGGAGGUUAA